AGGAAGCCCAUCGCUCUGCUAUGCAGUGCGCUGCUCUUUUCUUCCUGAGGUGCAGCUGGCUCAUACGCCUGGGCCUGCCGCCCCUCGGCCUUGCACUGUUCAAGAUGCCCAUGAAGGUCUCUGCUGGGACCUGGGUCUUUCCUCUCCUAGAGCUGCAGAGGCCAGAAGUUCAGUGGUGAGGGAUCCAAGGAGAGUCCUGGGAGACCAGGGAGGCUCUGCCCAUCCCCUGUCCCUGUUCCUUGUGGGAAGAGAACACACACAGGAAGUCCGGCGGGAAGGGCCCAUCCCAAUCCUGAUUUACACGGGAUGGAGCAUAAAAAGCCACCCUUCUUCGCCCAGGAGGAGCCUCAGUGCACUAGCAGGCUGCUAUGCAGGCCACGAGGAAGGCUUCGGCUGACAGGACAGGCAUGCAGACCUCAAGAGGGGCCUUGGCCAGCAGACACUCCCUUGAAGGGCAGGGUGAAUUGCAUGGUUGGCUCAUGGAGGCAGAAGAGGAGGCCUUGGCCAGGCCUGGGCGGCAUCAGCCUCUGGCAGCAACAGCAAGGCGCUGGCCGUUCCACUUGCCCAUAAGAACAGUCGCCACCAGUCCCCAGGGGAUGACUAGAGGCUGGACCACAGGCCACAAAAAGAAGAAGUCUACCCCACUUACAGAUGCAGACCAUGUGGGGCUCCAGAGAGCUACUCGUAACAUGGUUUCUAGUGUUGGCAGCAGGUACUACUGAGCAUGUCUACAGACCCAGUCGUAGAGUGUGUACUGUGGGAGUUUCCAGAGCCACUGUCUCAGAGACCUUUGUGCAGCGUGUAUACCAACCUUACCUCACCACUUGUGAUGGACACAGAACCUGCAGCACUUACCGAACCAUCUACCGGACUGCCUAUCGCCGUAGCCCUGGGCUGACUCUCACCAGGCCUCGCUAUGCCUGCUGCCCUGGUUGGAAGAGGACCAGCGGGCUCCCUGGGGCUUGUGGAGCAGCAGUAUGCCAGCCUCCAUGUGGGAAUGGAGGGAGUUGCAUCCGCCCAGGCCAAUGCCGGUGCCCUGUAGGAUGGCAGGGAGAUACUUGCCAGACAGAUGUGGAUGAAUGCAGUACAGGAGAGGCCAGUUGUCCCCAGCGCUGUGUCAAUACUGUGGGAAGUUACUGGUGCCAGUGUUGGGAGGGGCAAAGCCCAUCUGCAGAUGGGAUGUUCUGCCUGUCUAAGGAGGGGCCCUCCCCGGUGGCCCCAAACCCCACAGCAGGAGUGGACAGCAUGGUGAGAGAGGAGGUGUACAGGCUGCAGGCCCGGGUUGAUGUACUAGAACAGAAACUGCAGUUGGUGCUGGCCCCACUGUACAGUCUGGCCUCUCGGUCCACAGAGCAUGGGCUACAAGAUCCUGGCAGCCUGCUGGCCCACUCCUUUCAGCAGCUGGACCGAAUUGAUUCACUGAGUGAGCAAGUCUCCUUCUUGGAGGAACAGCUGGGAUCCUGCUCUUGCAAAAAAGAUCUGUGAUAGCAUCUCACCGCCCAGGUUGGAUUGAGCUGUCAUCCCUAGAUCCCUUCUAGCCAAAGUUCAGGUGCUGUUUGUCUGGUGGUGCCUGUGAGCAGAAGGCCCUGCUUGCUUGCCCCUCUUUAAGAGGUUUCUAGGACCUGGGCAUGGAGCGUGGGGUCUUGUGUGACUCUUCAGUGGGGCUUCCAGGAAAGGUAUGAGAGCUCCCUAAGAGGUAAGGUGGAGACUGUCUCCAUCUUUGUCAUAAUAAAGCUGGGACUUGAGCUGCUGUCAAUGGCUGAAUCAGGACUGCACAGACACUGUCAGACACUCUCCUGCCUUAUAGGCCUCAGGUAAAGUGAAGGGUCUUUCUGUAAAAAGGAGCUGCAGUAGGCAGUCCUGAGGUCCCAGUUUUCCCUUGCUGGUUCCCUACACAGCCAGAGGCUAAAAGGCAGUUCUUCAGCCUAUGCCCUCAUGUGGCCAAGCCCGUGUCUGCAUGCCAUGGACCCCACAGUAAAGCAAUGCUGGCUGAUCACAGCUCACCUGCAGGCAAUUUGUGGGGAGGAGAGAACUUACACACUGCAGGCCCAGAGAUGGGCAGCCAUCUUUACUGCCCUUUAUCCUUGGAUGAGGGCCUGGGGAAGAAAGAACUCUUACCCACCCUCUGAAAGAGAUCUCUGGUCUCUAGGCACUUCUGAGAGUUCAUUUAUAAAAAAAAAAAAAAAAAAAA